AUGGCUUCAUGCAAAGCUAUUGGUAUUGACCUUGGUACUACCUACUCGUGUGUCGCAGUGUACCAACAUGGCAAAGUGGAGAUCAUCGCCAACGACCAGGGCAACAAGACCACUCCCAGUUACGUCGCCUUCACCGACACAGAACGUCUGAUUGGUGAAGCAGCCAAAGAUCAGGCGGCCAGAAACCCCGAGAACACAGUGUUUGAUGCCAAGAGAUUGAUUGGAAGAAAGUACGAUGACCAGACCGUUCAGAAAGACAUGAAACACUGGCCCUUCAAGGUGUUGGAACGAGGCAACAAACCCGUCAUUGAGGUCGAGUUCAAGGGAGUGAAGAAGCAGUUCAGACCUGAAGAAGUGUCGUCGAUGGUGCUCACGAAGAUGAAGGAAACGGCCGAAGCCUACCUCGGCCACAAAGUCACAGACGCCGUUAUUACCGUGCCCGCCUACUUCAAUGAUGGACAACGUCAAGCUACAAAAGAUGCUGGAGUCAUUGCCGGUUUGAAUGUUCUCAGAAUCAUCAACGAACCAACAGCGGCCGCCUUGGCCUACGGCUUGGACAAGAAGAUGGCCAAGGAUCAGAACGUUCUCAUCUUUGAUCUCGGUGGUGGAACGUUUGACGUCUCUGUUCUGAACAUUGCCGACCAACUGUUUGAAGUCUUGUCGACUGCUGGCAACACUCAUCUUGGUGGAGAAGACUUUGAUGAUCGUCUGAUGCAACACUUCGUAGCCGAGUUUAAGAGGAAGCACGGUCGUGACAUCAAGAACAACGCCAGAGCUGUUCGUCGCCUGAGAACUGCUUGUGAACGCGCCAAGAGGACCUUGUCAUCAUCUACAGAAGCUAUCGUUGAAGUGGAUUCACUGUUUGACGGUAUCGACUUUAACUCUAGAAUCUCUCGUGCUCGCUUCGAAGAAUUGUGUGCCGACCUAUUCAGAUCUACCUUGGAGCCAGUGGAACAAGCUCUUCGUGACGCCAAACUUGGAAAGUCUGACAUUCACGAAGUAGUGCUGGUUGGAGGAUCUACUAGAAUCCCCAAGAUUCAGAAGCUUCUGAAGGACUUCUUCUCGGGCAAGGAACUGAAUGGAUCCAUCAACCCAGAUGAAGCCGUUGCUUAUGGAGCCGCUGUCCAAGCUGCCGUCUUGAGUGGAGUUCAAGAUAAAGCCGUGAAGGAUGUGCUACUGGUCGAUGUGACUCCAUUAUCACUUGGAAUAGAGACAGCUGGCGGUGUGAUGACCAAGAUCGUGGAACGCAACACCAGAAUCCCUACCAAGGCUACACAAACCUUCUCGACCUUCUCCGACAACCAACCUGGAGUCACGAUUCAAGUGUUCGAAGGAGAACGUGCCAUGACCAAAGACAACAACCGUCUCGGCAUGUUCGAACUUAUGGGUAUCCCACCAGCACCACGUGGAGUACCACAAAUUGAAGUGACGUUCGAGAUUGACGCCAACGGAAUCCUGAAUGUGAGCGCGAUGGAGAAGAGUUCUGGAAAGACAAACAAGAUCCAGAUCAAGAAUGAGAAGGGCCGACUGUCACAGAGCGAGAUCCAGAGAAUGCUGGACGAGGCCAAGAAGUACGAGGAGGAAGAUCGUCGUCAACGUGAAAGGAUCGAAGCCAGAAACCGUCUGGAAGCCUACCUCUUCCAAGUGAAGCAGUCCUUGGACGAGUACGGUGACCGUCUGUCUCCAGAUGACAAGAAGAUGGCCAAGGACACUUGUGAUCGUAUCUUGAACUGGGUAGAGAGCAACCAGACGGCCGAGAAGGAGGAGUACGAAGACCAGUUGAAGGAGGCUCAGACUACCUGUACCAAGAUCCUCUCCAAACUGCAUCAACAACCUCAAGGAGCUAGUUCUUGUGGUCAACAAAGUGGUGGAUUUGGUGGUCAGGCAAGUGGACCAACAGUCGAAGAAGUCGACUAA